CAAUAAUUUAGUAGAAAUCACAAGCACAUGCCACUUACAUAUUUAUAACAAUAAUAACCAAAUAAUUCAGUCUAACCAGGUUCCAACAAGUGAAAUGUAACUUGAAGUGAUCAUCGUUUCUUAACCCACAUAACCUAUGUCAGAUGUAGUUGGUACAAUUUUUUUUAAUCAACAAUUUAAUAUUUACAAAACGAUGUACAAAAUUGACCAUAUGACAUAACUGCGCACUGCCACUGGAAUGAAUAGAUAGAUAGGGAUUUCAGUUUUAUGUUAGUGUUACAAGGACUAUAUAUUUUUUUUUUCUUGUUUUUGAGAAGGUGAGGGAGCAUGAAUCUCCACGGCUACAGGAGCAGAUGUGAAGGAGAACAAAAUCGUGAUAAGACUGCAAUCUGCAACCUCACCACUAGGUGAUGCUAAAUCCUGCACAUUGUAGCUUUAAUGUUUUUUUUUUUUAACCUUUAGUGCUGGAGUUAAGGGACAAACAGUGUGCACCGUGGUUAUCUGCCGCCGCUCUCCCCCUCUGUGCCAAACGCUUGGCCCUCAGUCUGCAGCAGCUCUUUAUUUAGCGCUGCUGGUGGAGGAAUGUGUGCGUCAGGUGGGCUGUGGCAAGGUCAGAGAUCAGUGUCUGUUUGGAGGCCUAUAAUUAGCUUGAGAUGAGUCACUGGAAUAGUCACCUGCUUUUUGCUUUUCAAGUUGAGGUGAGUUAACACUCUCAUAGCAGCGUGCGCUUCUUUUCCACAAUUUAAACGUGAUUCUUUCGAGCGUCUCAGAGCUGCUUCAGUUGACCGAUGUGACUCAGUGGAUGACUGUGCUGCUGCUGCCCAGUGCAGCUCACAUCCGGUCUGAUUAGUGACCAUGUGUCAACCCCAGGAGGAGCCGGGCUCCAGGAGGGGCCUGAACAGCCCUGACCCACUGGUGAGAGAAGCUUUCCUGAUGGCCUAUGAUUACUUAGACUAUGUUACCACCAGGGGGCCAGAGGGCCCCAUGGGUUCAGCCCCCACAGCCUGCACUGCAGCUCUCCGCCACGCCAGCAACGAGCUCCUCACCAAGUUCCCCAUCUUCUUCAGGCGCUGGCCUCGUGUCUUCCAGAAUGUGACGGAGAACACGGCCUGUCCUACACUCCUAAACAUCCUGGAUGAGCACUUCUUCCCCGCCACCCCUGCAGGCCGCCGCAGGGACCUGGCCUGGAGCGCGGUGCUAUCAGUGUAUGUGCUGGGUGGCCAGAUGGCCGUGCACUGCCAUGAGAGAGGCAUGACGACGGUCCUGCCCCAGCUGAAGGAGUGUGUCGGGGCCUACGUAGAGAAGGUCAUCUGCCCCGAGAUUCAGGACAAAGGAGGGUGGGCUGGAUUUGUGUCACGCUUUGGAAAGAAACCCAACUUUGAGACCCACCUGAAGAAUGUGUGCUGCUGGACGUUGCUACUGUUGACCAUCAGCAUCCUCACUUAUUGCUUAUGGAAAAGAACAGCCAACACUGCCACCUAGUGACCAGACAUUCUACUGAACAGCCAUUUUACUGUUCCUGAUAACUACAAGUUGACGGUACUGUGCCAUUAGAGGUUUCAGAGUUAGCUUGUUACUUUUGUGCUGACAUUUUAUAAACUGAUUAAAACAACCCACUUGUUAGACUUUGAUCUGGUUUGGAUUCCUGCAUGUUUACAUCAGGAGCUUGGGGCAUAUCUAGAAACCAGCACAAGGAGACAUGAAACAAGCUUUUAGGAUCUUCAAGUAUGAAACUUCAUUUCAUGAAGUGGAGCAAACAUAGUAAGGAGUCAGACAGCAAUAUGAACAUUUAUUAACAAAAGAUCCAUCCAUCUUCUUCCACUAUCUGGAGUCGGGUCACGGGGGCAGCAGCUCAAGCAAAGCCGCCAUCUUAACAAAAGAUGUACACUGAAAAAGUGAUUGCUUUAACAUGUAACCAAACUGAACAAUUGAGGCAAACAUUUUCUUCUUCCUUUAAAUUAAGGGAACAUUUCACUCAAACCAGACCAACAACAGCUGCAAGGAAUUUUUUUUUUGAAGGAACAGUUCAAACAGCAGAUUGUAAGAGUAAGUAAAUUUUUGGGCAGAGGUGUGUGAUCUGAAGUGAUCUAGUCACUAUAAGGGGUUGGCUGUCCCAUUUACUCCAGGACAUCCUCCUCAUGUUCAUCAAACUCACCCUCCUCCUCAGCAGUGGCAUCCUGAUACUGCUGGUACUCUGAGACCAGGUCGUUCAUGUUGCUCUCCGCUUCAGUGAACUCCAUCUCAUCCAUGCCCUCA